UUUGUGUCUCCAGACUUCGCCUCUUGUGUGCUGCAGCUGCUGCUGCUCAGCCUGAGCUGCCGCACGUCCGGCGCGCUGCCGCUGCCCGAUGCGAGCGCAAACCGCGCGCAGUGCGCAAAGCUCUUCAAGACCCUCCUGAAAGACAUCACUGGUCUUUUUGAAACGCAGGAUUUGUGUGACAAUCAGAUCACCUCCACCAUCCCGAGCAUGGAGACCGUGCAGGCCUGCGCGCCCACUCAGGGCCUCACGUUUCUCUCUUCCUCUCCGCAGAGCGAGUGUCUGAGGAGCAUCAUGAAGGACUUGGCCUACUAUGAAGCUGCCAUCCAGUCCUACCUCCAGACCCCACUCCACAGAGAAAAGAAAGAAAAGAAUCUUCUGCUACCAUUUGUGACAUUCGUCCAGAACCUGAGGAAGGACUGCUCCACAACAGCAAGUGCAGAGAGUGAUUCCACAGAGGUGGAGGCCGCCGUUCUGUGGAUCGGCGACUCCUAUACGAAUCGACAGAAGAUGUGUAAGAUGAUGAGGGGCUUCCAUGUCCGUGCCAUCACCAUCAACAGAGCCAUGGGGUACAUCUCCUCAGGGGACCAUAGGAAGUAAAAAAAAAAAAAAAAGUCCCAAAACUUCCACAUCACCAUCAAUCCAGUCAAAAGCACAGGCUUUCCCUCUAUUUAUCACAAGUCCUAAUAAUCCUUCACUACCAUCGUAACUACUGAAUGUGUGGUGUUUCACACCAAACAAAGCUGCAAAUCUGUGUGCUGCUCAGGCAUAAGCUAACUGUCUGAAGCUACGACUCCUCUGAGUUCCAGCACAGACUAACUGUUGCUAAAGAAGGCAGUGUAGGCCGUCUUGGCCAGUCUUUAUGAAUGUAUUCCCCAAACAUGAAGGAAUGUUAUUUAUUUAUUUAAAAUGUA